UGCAAAUUGACCCGGAUGACUUAGAAAGAAGCUUCGAAAAAGCCUCGUUUUUCCUUCGCUUUGCUAGCCCUAAUCUCUCCCGGCUCUUCUUGUCGAAAAAAGUAGCUACUGAUCCGCGAAUUGCACUGAAUGAUACAGUGAAUCCUCAAUCAAAUUCAAUUCGUGAGGAGUUUCGAAACUAAAAUGCCGGCAGCUCAUCAUUUUACCCGGAUAGACACAGCAGAGCUGAAAUUGGAGAUUGAGAGGAAGCUUGGGCACCCAAAAGCACAGAAGUAUUUUGAUCUCCUCACAAAGUUUCUGAGUCUUAAGAUUAGCAAAUCUGAUUUUGAUAGACUCUGCAUUGGUACAAUAGGGAGGGAAAAUGUACGUCUUCAUAAUCUUCUCCUCAGAUCAAUUAUAAAAAAUGCACAGUUCUCGAAGACUACCCUGCCAAAGGAGAGUAAAGCUGAAGGUGCUUUAGGUGUCAUAGUGCCUAAUGGGUAUCAAAAAAGUAGUCUUCAGUCCCUAUGCAGAGAUUUUCUCCAAUCUCCUCGUAAGGGGAGGUCAGUUCUUAGCGAACGCAAGUUCAGGGAUCGUCCUAGUCCUCUUGGCCCUCAUGGGAAGAGCCACAGUAUUGCUUUUGAAGAUUCUAUCCCUAAAAACCAAGAACAACAGAGUGCCACUGAGCUGCUUUCUUUGGGCAGCAGACCUCCAGGCUCUGUGGAAGAUGGAGAAGAGGUUGAUCAGGCUGCUGGAAGCCCUAGCAUUUAUAGUAGGAGUCCUGUUAGAGCUCCUCUUGGCGUCCCUUUGAACACUAAAGGGGCACGAAAAGUACUGUGUAAUCGCUUGGCAUCUUCUUAUCGUAUGGGGACAUGUCAGAGUAGUGGUGAAUUACCUGAUUCCAAUUCUUUAAGGAAAAGGUUGGAGCAAAAGUUAGAAAUGGAAGGAAUAAAAGUUUCAGUGGAUUGUGCCAAUUUGUUAAAUAACAGCUUGGAUGUUUAUUUGAAGAGAUUGAUAAAACCCUGUAUUGAUUUAGCUGGUUCAAGAUCUGGACACAAACAUACAGGUCAAGGACAGAUUCGAUUCAUAUCUGGUUUGAAUGGGGUACGGCCUGUGAGAUAUUUUCAGAAACCAAAUGGGUCCACUACAGUAUCCAUGUUAGAUUUUCGGCUUACAAUGGAACUAAACCCUAAGAUUCUUGGAGAAGAGUGGCCAAUGCAACUUGAGAAGGUUUGCUUUCGUGCAUCAGAAGAAUGAACUAGAACAUUAGUGCAAAGAUUUGGUGGGAUGGAAAGUUUAGGCUUGAUGAUAUUGUGAGUUAAUACUGUUACAGGAUCCACUCUGAUGAUGAUGUUGACCACACUGUGCAUGACAACUGUGAAGUACAUAAAUAGUGAAAGUCAGGGCAAGUUUUGGAUCAAGUUGAUUAGAAUGUAUAUAGGCCUUUGGACUGAUUAUUUCCGGAGUAUGCAUGGUAGAGAAUAAAAAUACUGACAUUGUAAGAAUCUAGCUGUCUCAAAUUGGUCAGUUUUCUUUUCCAACUGACACUAUAGUUUGUUCAAUUUAUUAACUUUGGGAAUAAAGCUACAUUUCCAA